UUUGAAAACCACAUCAGCCAUCUAUGAACGAAAUUACUAAGUAUUACCGAUCGAGAAGUGUUAACUGGUAACUGGAGUUUUCCUCCCUGAGUUUCCGUCUGUUUAGAACAUUGAAAUUUGAUAAUAAUAACAAUAAUUGUGAAAAGUGUAGGAUUAUGUGAAUAAAAAUGGGUUUUCGGACCUUAACAGACUAGCAAUCGGCGGCAAGGAGUUCUUUGAGUCCAACAGAUCUAGCCAAACUGACGGCGUCACUAACGGGGUCUGCAAGCAAACAAAACAAUUUAUUUUCCAAGUCAAACAUCCUUUAUAAGAGAACUUCCCCCAAAUAUUCAUAGUGGAAUUGUUUUUAAAUAAUUCUGCGACCGUAAAUAUGGCUAAAAGAUAAAAGAUAUGGUCAUUCUUGAGUUAUUACAAGGAAAAUGUUUAUUGAUGUCAAAUCAGCCAAACUAUAAUGAUCUUGACAGUUAAGUCAUUUUGAUUUGUUUCUACACAAAAAAAAUAGUUUAUUGCUAAUAUUUGAAGAGGGAUUUAUCUAGGAUCUAGCAGGCAUUACAUAAAAUAACAACCUGAAACCCCCAAAGUGAAUAUCUAUAUCCUUAACCCCUUUGUUUUAGUGAGAGGUUAGGAAUAAUCAGAUACUGAUAUGAAUUCCUACCAGAAACAUAGGCCUUCCUAUGGAGCCUACAUCAAUCAUAUACAUUACUGUUUUAAUUCACAAACUAAAAUGGAUAAUACUAAAAAUGAUUAUUAGAUAAAAUUUUAAUUUUUGGAAUCAGUGGAGAUGGAUCAAGGAUCUCCUCAUGUUCCCAUCACCACGCUUGCUGGUGUGGCUAGCCUUACUGAUUGUAAGGCUGCCUUGCCAGCUGAAUACAGUAUAUUAAAAGUUUUACCAGAAUUACCAUUACCUUCACCUCAUCCACCUACUAUAAGUAAUAAAACUCUUCUAUUUCAUCCUCGAGUUGCUGAAGAAGCUCAGAACUUGCUCAGGCAGAAAAAUGAAUUUCUGGUUCCUCACCUGGUGGCAUCUUUGGAAAAAACUUCUGCUGAACAUAUAGAAGUUAAAGACAAUUAUGCUGGUGUUGGCAAGCUGCAAGUUCAAGAUGGAAUGCCUGAUUUGCUGAAAGCUAUAUUGGAGGCUAAUCCAGAUGCAUAUACUGGUAAAGCUUACCAGCGGAUGUUGCUUCAACAAAGACAACAACUGUAUAUUAGACAACAGCAGGCCCUUCAACAACAGACCUCUUCAGGAGCUAAAGGGAAAAGUUCAUGUUCGCAGCAAAUACUUGCUUCGCAACCUCAGGGUACAGCUUUACAACAACUUUCACAAUCUGCACAACAACCUGUUGAUAAUCCACCAUCCAUUUCACAACACAAUUUAAUGCAACAAGCUUCUACCUCUCAAACAAGCCUUAUUCAACAACAUCAGCCCUUACCGCAACAACACCAAACUGCAGCUUCAAUUCAACAGAUACCCCAGCAACAAGAUCAAUUAGUGUCGCAACAGGGGAUGGAGGUAAAUCAGAAGCAACAUCCGAAGAUGCAAGAUCAGACUUCUACACCAGACUUUAACUCAUUACAACAAGUAUUAAGAAUACCUACACACCAGCAACAGCCAGAAGAACAACACCAAAGCAGUAAUUUCGAUAAAUCACAUAUGUAUCAAGCUCCAAGAAAACCGGAAGUUCCUACGCUUGGAAUGGAAAUUACUUCCUCUAUUGAUAGUAAAUUACCUGAAGGUGGACUACAAAAUGAACAGCCAAAUUCCAAAAACAUUCCUACUUCGGUUAUUCAGCCGACUACUGAUCCAAGUGGCAUUGCCAAAAGAGGUUUAGAGCUGUCUCACCAUGCUGAACAAUCGAUGGACCAACAACGAUCAAAUAACAUUGGUUGUUUGCAAAGUGAAACAGCAGACAUCUUAACAGCUUUAUCAGAUGACUUAUCAGCACUUACACCACAGACAACACAUUCAAUUUUACCUCCACCUACAUGUUUACAUUCUACCAAUGAAGAAGCAACUGCCGUGGCAACAGUUAAUGCAUCAUUCACUCCAAUUUCUAACACAUCCGCAUCUACAACCUCUAUGAUGAUCCAGGGUAACUUGGCUCAUGCAACUACAACUAGUGAAUUGAGGCAAUUAAGGAAGCCUUUAAAUAAAGCUCAUCAAAUGCCAACUGCUUUAAAGAAUACCGCCUCAGAAAAAGACGAAUCUAAACUACUAUUAGAAUCUGCGUUAGACUUAAAUCCCGAAGCUUUUGAGAAAAAAAGUGCUAUGCUCUCUGACGAUAAGAAACCCUAUGAAACUUUUUUUAAAUCUGAAGAAAGUUUAGACUCGAUUAAACAACCGGUUAUUAGACUGGGGCGAAUAUCUGAAGAAGAUCAGGCAUUAAUACAAAAAAGUCUUUCCAAGUUUGUAGAAAAGAAACCAGAGCUUGCAAAGGAACUUGGCAUAGACUUAAACCAAAAAAGCAAGUACAAAGAAGACUCUGAUUCAGAAUCUGAUGAACGUGAAGGAGGAUCUAAGAGAAAAGGAAAACGAAAGUACAAAGAAAGUGACGAUGAGUUCGAUCCAUCAACUGAACAAGAUCCAAUAGAUACUUUUACUGCUCUAAUGGGAAAAAGACGAAAGAUAACUCAUAAAGAAGAAUGCGAACCUGAACCAUUUGUCUUGAGUAAACCCAAACUUAGAAGGGUUGAAAAGAAAUUUGUGCCUGUUUUGCAAAAAUUGUCUUCAGACGAACUUAUGGAAAGUAAUACUUAUGUCAGAUUUAAUAAAUCAGUAGAACAUAUCUUGAGAUCCGCCGAUGACAUGGACUUCUCUGAGAUUGCUCCUGAUGAUAUGAUCCAAGAUGAGAAUCUAUUGAGUAGGUCAAUAAUGUCAGAACUGUGUACAGAGGCUGCCAAACUAAAAGUCCUUGGAGCAAUGGAAAUGAUACCAGUCAACAAACUGACUAAGUUACUAAUUAUUUUGGAGCUUAAUAUCCGUGGUGGUGAUAGGAUAUCACCUAUUACUGAUGAAGACAACGAAAGUAUACGUCAAUUUUGGUUAGAAACUACAAUGGAAAGAGUUAUGGGUGCAGCAGAUGCCUGUCUAAUAUGCUUGUACAUCAUGACAUCUCCAAAUAUGUCCAAAAAAGUGUACUUAGAAGAAACUAUUGAUAGGGUUGUCCUGUAUAUCAAAUAUCACCUGUCUAAUACCAUUUUUCCUAGCUAUGAUUCUACAUACAAGCUAGACAAUAAAAAGAAGGAUGGGAGAAAGAAAAAAAAUACCCCCGUCUCCGGGAGAGGCAUUAAUUCAUUGUAUACCAAGAUUUCCGAACUAGUAAACUUGCUCUCUGAAUUAAUGAACAUACAAGUGUUAACAGAUACUUCAGUUUUACAUGCUUCUACUAUGGGCAUAAGCCCAUUUUUUGUAGAGAACGUUAGCGAACUGCAGUUAGCAUGUUUAAAGCUUGUGACAACAAUAUUCACAAAAUACGAGAGUCAUCGUAGAUUGCUGCUAGAUGAUAUUUUAGCUUCCAUAGCACGUCUUCCAAGUACAAAAAGAAGUUUGAGAACUUAUAGGCUUAACAGUGAAGAGCAUAUUCAGAUGUUGACUGCAUUGGUUUUACAGCUUAUUCAAUGUGUUGUCGCGCUCCCAGAAAAAAAUAGUGGCAGAAAAGAAAAGGGAGAAAAAGAUAAAGAAAAGCAGCAAAAAGUGGAUGAUGAUAUUCUUAUCUGUAAUAAAUUUGAAAAGGCAACUUCAACAGCAGGAACUUUCCUUAAGGUUUUUCUUAGCAAAUGUGGAAGCAAAACAGAAGAAAUUGACUAUCGGCCUCUUUUUGAAAAUUUCGUCCAAGAUCUGUUAUGUACGGUAAACAAACCCGAAUGGCCCGCUACUGAACUGCUUCUAUGCCUGCUAGGGAAAAUGCUGGUGCAUAAUUUUUCUAAUAAAGGCACCGAUAUGUCUUUAAGAGUGGCCAGUCUGGACUAUCUUGGUGUUGUUGCUGCACGUCUCCGUAGGGAUAGUGUGUUAUCCCGGUGCAAGCUAAAUUCGAUUGAUCAAAUGAUAAAGGAUAUUAGACAAGAAGAAAUGAAGGACAAAGAUGAAGGGUCUAAAAAGAAAAAGAAAUGCGAAGAGAUGAACAACGAUGAUCGAACUCAAUUUCUGCAAAGGAUUCUUUUGGAUUUUUUAGCAGUUAAUUCUCAGAACGAUGAAUCAUUAAGGUACGCCCGUCACUUUUACAUAGCUUGGUGGUAUAAAGAUUUAGUAAACGAGAAAACUCAAAUUGUUUCUGGUGAGAAGUCAGAAAAAAUGAAUAAUCACCGGAAUAAGAGAAAUGGCAAAUCUAGUGAAAGUGAACCGGAAGAGGAUAAUGAUGAUGAUGAUGAUGAUGUUAAUGAUGCCGAUAAAAGUGAAAAGCGUCCAACGAAGGACACUGAACAAGAAAAUGUUGAAAAGUUUCGUAUUAUAGAGGAAAAGAAAAAAGUUUUGUUAAAUAAAAUAAAGCCUUUUCAGGAAUCGAUUACCUCAGCUACCGGAAAUAGAAUACAGGUCUUUCAAACCUAUAUUGAUUAUAACAGUGCGGAGCUUAUUGUCCAAUUUUUAGCUUCAAAGAGAUAUUUCUCUCAGAGUUUUGAUCAAUACCUUAAAGCUAUUCUUAUUGUUCUGAAAGAGACGUCUAUAGCAAUCAGAACAAAAGCAAUGAAAUGCCUUACAAUGAUCGUCGAAGCAGAUCCAUCAGUUCUCGGUAGACAUGACAUGCAAAUGGGUGUAAAUCAAUCAAUUUUGGAUCAGUCUACAUCAGUAAGGGAAGCAGCAGUUGAUUUAAUAGGAAAAUUUAUUCUCAGAAGACCAGAGUUGAUACAUAAAUAUUAUGAAAUCUUAUCUCCUCGAAUAUUAGAUACUGGUGUUAGUGUGAGAAAAAGAGUAAUCAAAAUUCUUAAGGAUAUUUGUGUUGAAUGCCCGGAAUUUCCCAAGAUCCCAGAGAUUUGUGUUAAAAUGAUUCGAAGAAUAAAUGAUGAAGAGGGUAUUAGAAAACUUGUCAUGGAGGUAUUUCAAAACAUGUGGUUCAGUCCUACAAGGGAUGAUGAAUCCUUGUUAAGAAAAGUUUUUCAUAUAACCGACGUUGUCGCAUCAUCCAAAGAGAUUGGUUUGGAAUGGUUUGAACAGCUUCUUGUUAGUCUGUAUAAACCCAAAGAAGACAAAGAUGAUUCAACCAAAAUUAAUACAGAACCACCUAAAGCGCUUUUGGUUGCUUGUAGGCAAAUUGUAGACUGCCUUAUAGAAAAUAUUCUUAGCUUAGAGGAAAACAGUGCCCAGCGGGGUGCAUCUGAAAGACUGCUUGCCUGUGUGACGACUCUUCAGUCAUUUGCUAAAAUAAGGCCUCAACUACUCAUCAAGCAUGCCAGCACCUUACAGCCCUACCUUGGUUUGAAAUGUCAAACUGAUGCUGAUGCAAAAAUCAUCACCUGCGUUGCUAAGAUGUUAGAGCUAGUUGUACCACUCAUGGAACAUCCUAGCGAUUCAUUUCUGGCGCAAUUAGAAGAAGACACUAUGAAACUAAUUUUGCAGUAUAACAGGCCGAUUGUUAGUAGCUGCUUAAGCUGCUUAGGCAACAUCAUAAAUAAGGUCACACAUAACUUCCAGCUAAUUAGAGAUUGUUUUAAAAGAUUUAACUUAAUGCUUUGUGAAUUCAAAAGAUCACUUGAAGAGUACAAUCUGGAGUACCAAAACAACUAUCGUAAUAGAGUCCAACUGCGCAGAGCGUUAUUUGUAGUGGGUCUACUUUUUAGACAUUUUGAUUUUACCAAUCCUGAUGUUGUUGGCGACUUACCUUCAAAUACAAAAGACCAGGUGUAUAUGAACCUUAUAUACUUUUUGCAACAAGACAAUGUAGAUAUCCAAUUAAAUACCUUAAAGGCACUUGGAAACAUUUGCAUAAGGCACUCUGAAUUUAUGUUGCAGCCUGAGUUAAAAGAGUUCUAUCAUCGGCAGCUGGUACUGGAUGAUUCGCCUUUGACCAUGAAAAUAGAUGUAUUACUAAAUAUUGAAAAUUAUCUGAUUGAAGAGGAGAAUAGAAUGAUACAACAAGAUUUAGAAUGGUCAAAGAGAUCGAAGGAAGAAAACCUUAAAGAAAUGAAUGAUGUGUCCUCUGGAAUGGCCAGUACAGUUAUACAACAAUACUUACAAGAAGUCAUGAAAUGCUAUCUUCACCGUAACUUGCAAGUACGCAAGCCUGCUCUGAUGGUUAUCCAGCAAGUAUGCAACCAAGGCCUAGUACAUCCUGCUCAGUUUAUUCCGUACCUGAUUUGUAUGAGCACUGACCCAGCGAAAGCUAUUUCUUACAGCGCAGAUAGGAUAUUGUCGGAAAUUGAAAAGAAAUAUCCCGGUUUUAUUCAUUCACAAGCAUCUUUGGGCAUAGAUUUGUCUCAUAAGCUACAGAUAAUUCUUUGCGACGAUAAAGUUGUUCGAGGAUUUGCAGUCAAGGAGCCGGGCGAUUAUCCAGGGGCUUUAAAUGGAUAUUUGUAUUCGCUGCUUCGAAAUUCCCGACAACAGAGACGUGCCUUAAUAUUAAAGAUUAUGAAACAUUUUGAUGAACAAGCCCGAUCCAGUUUAUCGUACAUGUUGUACCUUGCAGAUAAUUUAGCUUAUUUUCCCUAUCAAGUACAAGAUGAGCCUCUAUUUAUAGUGCAUCACAUUGAACUUUUAGUUUCCAAUUCGGGAACAAAUUUAUUACAGUCAUUUCGAGAGGGCCUUAUCUCAGAUGGUCAACCAAAAAUUGUAGAUAAUGAAAACGGAGAAUUACACCAAGUAGUGUCAGCUUUAGAUGAAGAUGAUGAUGAAGAAGCUUUAGCAGCUCGAGUUCCAGAAAAUGCCAGCGAUUUGCAAGCUUGUUUAACAGCCGCACAAGGGUGUCUGUUACUGUUGAUGUUAAAGCAGCACAUCAAAGACGUUUAUGGAUUGAGCGAUGGAAAAAUACAAUUGUAUUCACCAUCAGAAGCUGUAAAGGUGUACGAGAAAGCAAUUUCACGGAGAUCGAAUGCAUUAUUUAAUCCUAAAACAACCUUGCAAAAGCUAAAAGAGGGCGCUCCUUCCGAUUACCUUGAUGAAGCAGGUAGAAGGGGCUUAAUUCGCCAAUAUUUAGACUUUAAACAGCUAAUGUUACAACUUGACCCUGACGAUGCUGAAGAAGACGAAAAUAAUAGGUCCUUGACGAAUGUGGGAGGAAAUAUCAAUCCCAAUAUUCCGGCAGCAAUUUUGACUGAGGCAGAUCAGGUAGUGCUACAAAACCAUAAGGAUCACUCACCGCCAAAAGUCCCAAAAAUGGUGAUAUCGCGAAGGUACGAUAACGAAACAAAACGUACACCUCGUAGCCACCGAUCAUCAGAAAAAGCUAAGAAGGUACGACACAAAAAGAAACGAAGAAAAAUCACUAGUGAUAGUGAAAGUGAUGAGAAUGACUUUAGUGAUCCCGACUUCUUGUGUUAGUGAGGCGUUAAACAUAAACAGUAGAAUUCUAUUGAAAGUGUACAGUAAGUAAUUUUCAUAGUUGAAUGCGGUAUAUUGAGAUUUUGGGUGGACUGACGUGCGUUUUCGUCAUUUUGUAGAAUUGGUUUGUUCGCAGAGGGUCAUUUACUAGUUUUAUUAUAAAUAUGAUAGAGAAAUAUAUUAUAUAUAAGCCCUUUGCGACAGUUUUGUAUAGUUUUUUAUGCAUUUUUUAUAUGAAUCUUUAAAAUUAUUUAAGGUGUCUCAUGAUAUUUUACAGCACAAAUAUCUUUAUUGCGUUUUCAAAUUUCGGUUUACCCUAAUUUUGAAAAACUUUACUUUUGACCGACCUACAAAUCCUACACUUUUCACAAUUAACUCGAGAGAAUCCUUUAACUUGAUAUACACAAAGAAUAUUAAUUGUCUUUGGUAAUUGCUGAAAUAUAUAUAUAGUUUUUUGUAAAUAAUACAUUUAAUAUGCUUUUUUUUAUCGUAUUCAUAAACUAUCUAAACGGGAUAAUGUGAUAUAAAAAUUAAUUGAAUUGUCAAUUCACCUAAAAUGGCAAUACUCUAGGGAAAUAUUAAGAUCUUAACUGAUCUUUUUUAUUUAUUUAGUAUAUUUUGAUUGCAAUUUUUAUUUAUUUAGCGUAAAAAUAUUUUGCUGUAAAACAUUAUUUAGUGUGUAAAUUAAAACAGCUGCUAUAAAUUGUAAACAACAAAAUAACAAACAUCUGGCUUUCUUUUUAUUAGAACAAUUUAAUUGUUUAAAAAAAUAUAUAUUAACUUGAAUGAAAUAAAAAGAAAAACUCUGUUACUUUAAUUUUAAUAGCAACAGACGAGCGUGCAUACUAGAAAAAAUGUAACACCUAACCCGUCCAGGUUAGGUAGAGCCUUGGGAGAGGCGGCUUUUACGAAUUGUGUUUGCAUGGCGUGAAUUCCAAAAUGUCAAUAUCAAUGAUUACAUAGGUUUGCAUAUAGACUUGGGUAUAAACAUGGGCCUUUAUGUAUAUAUACAGGGUGAAUCUGUUGUCAGGAUCGUCUGUGGGAAAACAACUAAAUCAGAAAAAAUCUAAAAAUUUGACAGUAUACCAGAAGUCGAUGGGAACAACUUGUCUAAAAUAUUUUCAAAAUGGCGCAAAUCCUAUAUUGGUAUAUAUAUUAUAUAAUAUAUAUUGAUGUAAUGAUUCACAUUUUUAAAUUCUACAUCAGAAUCUAAAUACUUUUUUUGCAUAAUGUCCCAUAUCCAAGUCUUACCGUUUUUGACAUGUUUUAUGCCAACAAUUACGUUUGCAGAUCCUUGAUUAAUUAUCAUUUUUUUCUGUCAGAAAACCAUUUUCAUUACAUUUUAGUCGGUUUCCUUGCAGAGGGGAACAAAUUUUAAUAGAUUUUAUACGAAAAUUCAAUAGUUAUUAAUACAGGGCGGUCAAAAAAAUUAUAAUAACGUCUAGUGUCUUUUGGAAACUAUAUCUAAUGGAAACUAUAUUUUUAUCAUUUAAUCGCAUUAAGCAUUCAAAAUAAGGGUAACUUUAUAUGAGGAUACCUAUUCCGAAAAUUGAUAGUUCUUGAAAUAUUUGAAACUUAAUUUUUUCUAUCGUAAGAAUACUAUAAGGUGUCUAAAUUGUAUCAGUUGGCCAUGACGGCGCGGUAUUAGAAAAUCAUCAAGUGAUACAAUAAUGUCAUGAAUCACUACAUGUCAUUUGCAAAUUGUUAAGAAUAAAUCAUUAAUUAUUAUAUUAAACAUUAAGGUUAAGUUCUUCAAAUUCAAUCUUUGAAUUCUGGAGAGCGGGGUGGCCAAUGAGGUCCGUUGUUGACUAUUCAUCGUGUUGGUGGAACAUAUUCUGUGAUCAGCCAACGGCAAAUCUAAGGCCACUGUCAUUUCUUAUGGCACAAUAAAUAUUAAAUUGUCAGGACUCUUGACAAUUUAGUUCUCUAAAUGGGUGCACAUUUGUAUCGCUCCACUAAUGGCAAUUUCCUCGAUUAAAAGUCCAGUUUUUCAUAAACUUUGCUUCAUCCGUCCAGGUAAUAUUAUUCAAAAAAACAUUUUCUUUAGAUGAGAGUAAGACGAAUUCAUACAAUUCUACUCUUUGUGGAAAGUAGUUCUCUUUAAGAUACUGAACGAUGGAAAAUUUAUAAGGAUGAAACUUGUGUUUUCAUAAAAUUUUUAUUAUUGACGACUAAGAUAUUCCCGAUGCUAUAUUAGCGUGGUAGAUUCUUGGGUAUGCCGCAAAAUAUUUCAGUAUAGUCCAAAAUUGCAAUAUCUUUAUUAUUUAAAAAUAUUUUUUUAACUGUACUGGUUUACUUUUUAGGCCAAUUGUUUAUUAUACUGGUAUAUUUUUCUGCACUCUUGCUCAUUUUGUGUAAUUUUCUUGAUAGUACUUUUCCCGGAAAUGGAGUCCCAAAUGUAAGAUGGCCUUAAAAUCAUUUUAUCACAUUCCCCGUAAAUAAUAAAUAAAUUUAAAUAUUCUUCGCGUGUGUAAUCUUAUCGUCCCGGAAUGAUUUAUUUUUAACAAUUUGUGAAUGAAAAGUAGUUGCCAUUAUUGUAUCACUUAAUUGUUUGCUAAUAUCGCGCCGUCGUGGCCAACUAAUACCAUUUAGAAAACAUAUAGUAAUCUUAGGAUAGAAAAAUAUUAAAUUGUAAAUAGUUCAAGAAUUGCAAAUUUUCGGAAUAGGUAUCCUUAUACAAAGUUACUCUUAUAUUUAAUUUUUUAGUUGGUUUAAUAAAUUUCACUUAUAUUCUUCUUUUUUAACCACCCUGUAUUCAUGAUUAUCGAAAUUUCAUAUAAAAUUUAAUAAAAUUGGUUCUCCUAUAAAUGGAACCCAAUCAAAAUAUAAUAAUAAAGGUUUCCUUAUACGAAAAAUUGAUAAGUAUUAUAGGGUCUGCAAACCUCAUUUUUAGCAUGAAAAGGAAAAUUCACAUUUUUCAUAAUUAUAAUUUUUUUACAAUCGACUUAUGCGGUUCCUGAGUGGGAUUUAGUCGGCUUUAUUUUUAUUUUUUUGAACACGCGUACUACAUAUACAUCUUCAACCUCACUUACUUUAUACCAUGUUCUCCGAAAAUUUGUAAAAUGAAACACUAUAUAUUUUUGAAUAUUUAAAAUUACUGUGAAAUGCAAGUUUAUUGGAAUUUACAACAAAGUUUACUUUUAGAUUUUUGUGCUACAAUUUUGGUAGAUUUUAUUACUUUUUACAAAGAUACAUUUUAAGGAGGGAUUAUUGAUUUCGUGCUCGACUGAAUUUUUGUAAUUUGCCUUUUUUGUAUUUUCACAAUGUCCAAAAGUUGCCCAAUUUAUUAGGUUUUGACUAUCUGAGACAUGUAACAUAAGAAGUAUUUCCUAUAAACAAAUCUAUUUAUUUUUGGUAAUAAUUAUGUUUGUAGUUCAGUGGCUUAUGUAAAUAUUAUGGCUUGUUUUCAUUAUAUAAAUCACGGUAGUUGUAUUGUUAUUUUUUUAUUUUAUAAAUUAAAAGGUAUUUAUGAGUUUUUAGAAAUUCAUUAAAAAUAGACUCAUAAAGUACAUUCAAUGCAGCCAGAUGUUGUGUUAAUUUUGUAUUGUAAAUUAACCUGUUUCAAAUUUAGGCAUAUUAUAUUUACCUUUAUAAGAAUUCUAAUAAACUUAUUGUUUAUUGCAUUAUGAAGAUGUUAGUAUACCGGGUGGCAACGAAAUUACUAUCCAAGAAAUAUCUUUUUAAAUAGUACCAGUUAUAUUAAAUUUAUCAAAUGUUGUAUAGAUACUACUGUUAGUUUUUUACAUGGAGAACUCGUAAUUUUUAAUAUUUCAUUUAAAUGCACAUGAAGUUGUAAAUAAAAUAUUAUUGAGCUUGGUAUAAUAAGCAUGGCUGAGCAAAAUUGCACGUAUUAUAAGGCCUACCUUAAUAGAACUACUAGGACGCGAAUGAAAAAAAUCACUUCAAUAUAGUGAUACCAAUUCCUUAAAAAGAUCUUAGCAGAUUGUGAUAAAUGUCAGCUAACUUUCAUAAGUCCACCAACAAGAAAUCGACACAAAAAAUAUAAGUACUACUAGAACAUUAAAUAGAUAGAAGAAAAGGGUGGACAAAACCUUUAAAGUAUAUUUUAUAUUUUCAAAGCUUGCUAUUUAACAAAUGUUAGUGAAUGCUAACAAUAUUUAACAAAGGUUUAUGCAAGUCAAACGGCCUUCUAAAACAGUCCUUUUAAUAAUUAUCGUUUGAGUAUACGCCAAUUUUAUCUUUUCUUGAUACUUUUACGAGCAACACGUCUUCCUCAACUUUAAUUUAUAAUGCCGUAGCUUUGUUAAUUAAAUACUGAAAAUAAUAAUAAUAGGUUUAUUUAGAACAGCCCUAUAAUGCAUACCAUUUUGUAUAGUCAACUUAUUUACUAUUCUAAUUUAGAUGGUGUAUCACGGUUGGUGGUAUGUUAAACGUUUCCGGAAACCGCAGCAUAAACAAUUGUUUGUUAUUUAAUGAGUUAAAAUAUUUUUAGUGGCGCUGCAUCAUUUGAAAUAGAACCCUAUAUAUAUUAGCAUUUUUGUUCCAUAAUAACUUCAUGGAUAUAAGCCAACUUUAAAAAAAAAAAUCAAACGUCCCAUUUUCUGUAAACGUCUCAUUUACCCACUUCGACCGUAAUACACCCUACAUAUUUACUAAACAUAAAAGACACUCCGGAAAAUAAUACAUAAUGUAAAUAGAAACACCAUAACAGAUUUUUUUUUCGUUACUAUAUUCCACUGCUUGAAACAAUAUUGAUGCAUUGUCUUGAAGGAACUGUAAUAUUAAAUUUCUGUAGUAUGUGAGCGGGUCCUCUCUUAUUGGAAUAUAAUAUUAUCCAACCCUUGAAUUUUAUAACAAAGAACUCCAGAAAUUUCUUAAUGUUUCCUUUAGCAUUGGGAAAAAACUAAAAUAUUAUAUAUCAACUGAACAAGUGAAAGGUGCAUUAUGGAAUUUGCUGUUGAACGAGAAACUGCUUUUACUAGGGGAGUGAUGGUUUCGGAAGAAUCAGCCAAGAUAGCGGAGUAUUAGUAUUUUUCCAAGGCCAAUUGAAUGCCCAAAGAUAUAUUAAGGAAGUUCUGGAGCAGUUUGCUGUACUGUAAAUUCGAUUACUUGAUAAGUACUUGUAAAAAACCAACAAGAGAUCGACCGGCCCCAUAAUGCAUUUCUUUUACAUAGUAUGAAUAUGUUUGGUUUUAAAAUUACAAUAUCAAGUUAAAAAAAAUAUUUUCAGUCUUGUCUGGACUACAUUUGAAAUUAUGCUAAUGCUAUUACUAAUCCUAGAAAACCUGAUUUAAAAACCCUAAAAAGGGAUAUAUUAAUAUAUCCUGGGUAUCCCUUAGUCGUCUUAUGGCCUGCAAAAAAAAAAUAUCAGAGACCAUAAAAAAUUGUUGGAAUUAUUAUUUUGAAAAUUAAACCAGUGUUAUGCGAUAUGAAAGUUGCGACUUUAAUAUCGCAUAACAAAAUUACGGAUUUUUAUAAAAUUUUGCCUAGCUUAGAAAUAUUGCAAAUCAAGUCACUAUAGUCUUCAGUAAUUUUUUUUUUCAAUCAUUUUGUAUUAUCUGCUACAAUCAGGUGGUGUAGAAGGUUAAAUCUGUUUUUAAUGUUAUUACCUGCAUCUAUUCAUGGCAUCAUUCUAGCUAGUUACCAACAGGAAUAAAUGCUUAAAACGUCAGUAAAAGUGCAUCUUGAUAUAUUUCUUGAAACUAUAGAUUUUGUCAAAAAUGCAUAGUAAUAACUAGGAAAAAUAAGCUCUAAAGAAUCAGUCUAAUCUCUACUAAAAUAUGAGAAAAUAGCUAAACCUUUUGUUUGUGUCGAUAAUUAACCAAAAUAAUUUCAAUGAGAAACAAUGCCUUAGUGUUAUAGAAUGUCUUUGAAAAAAAUUACUUUUGAAAUAAUACUUUAAACUUCACACUGGUAUUAGAUCAAAAUGUUGAUCCAGUAGUGUUUUGUAUUAUAUAUUUAAAUGCUAUUCAAUUUAUAUUAUUAUUAUGAUAUUACGGUAUAUUAUUGAUAUAAAAGUAAAUUAAGACUAUUUUUUCCUCAUAUUUUAUAUUUUAGAGUGAUCAUAAUCAAUCCUACUUUCAAAUGUAUAUUAUUAAUGUUUAUAAGGUAUAUAUUAAUUAACCUGCUUUUAAACGAGACUUACAGCAGUGGGAAAAAGUAGAGCAACUUUUGAAAUAUUAAAAUAUAUUUUCUAUUUAUGAUUGAUUUAUAAGUAAAUGGUAUCUUAUUAUGUUAAUAUAUGUAUCUUAUUAAGAGUAGCUCACCAUUUAAAAAAAGGUUAAAAUAGGUUUUUCCUUUAGUAUUUUUUUUGGUACAAAUAAAAAUUAAUUUUAUGGGUGGAAAACAGUAGAACAACUUUGAACUAUUUUUUAAAAUUUAUUUUAAUAUCCAAUGAGUAUAUAGCUUAAGUAUAAUAUUUUGUAAAAUACUCAUUAUUUUUUAUAACUUACCUGCAGCGAUUCGGCAUUGACUUGAUUAACUUAGUUUUAAUGCUUUGAUCCAGGGUAAGCCACACUUGGUUAAGGGCAUUGAAUAAUUUAUGCUUAUUAAUGUAUGUUUUGACCCUAAUUUUCAUGUCUACAAUCUCCCAAGAGUUUUCCAUGGGGUUUAAGUCAGAUGAUUUAGAACAGUGCUUUGGGUUGUUGUCCUGUUAAAAAAAUGCCAUAACGGCAUUUUCUCCUCAGCAUACGGCACCAUCAAUUUCUCCAAUAUUUGCUUAUACUGGGAGCGGUCCAUACAUAUAUACAUAGUCAUAUAUACAUACAUAGUCCAUACAUAAUACCUUUAAUUUUGUGGAGGAGCCCCAUACCAUAGCCAGAGAAACACUCCCAAACCAUAACGUUACCACCUCCAUGUUUUAUUGCGUGGCGGGUGUACGCGGGAUUAAGCCUUGAUUGAUAAGUCGUCUUACGUAAUUCAUACCAUCACUCGGGAAUGAAUUUAAUUUGGAUUUGUCGCUCCAUAUGACUUUUUUCUACUCAUCUGACCAGUGCACAUAAGCUUUGGCAAAGUUUAACCUGGCACGUCUGUUUUCCUUUGACAAUAAUGGCUUUUUAGCUGGUCUCCUACCAUAUAAAUUAGACUUCAAUUAGCCGGUUUUUAUAGUCCUUGAAUUUACCUCAAUCUCCAUAGUUUCCGAAAUACGAGCUCGGAUUUUGUUGAGCCAAUAAAGGGUUAAUUUUUGGCAAUCCUUAAAAGUUCUUUAUCAUGUAAUAAAGUUGUUUUUCUUUGUCUCGCAGACUUUUUCUUUUCAGAUACUUCUCCUGUUUCGCGAAAUCUCUUUAAAACACGGAAAAGCAAGCUUUUGUUUAAGGAAAAUCUUCUAGCGAUGUUAGCUGGGUUUUCCCCGUUUUUAAAAAAAAUGCGCAAUGCGGCUUUUAAUGUCCAUUGAUAGACAUUUACCACGAGGCAUAUCGCUAUUCAAUCACUAUUUGACAUUUUAAUACCAAAUAAACUAAAACGCGUUAUAAAAAUUGCAAAGAUGCUCCACACCAAAUGAUAUAAAUUCAACAUGUUUUUAUGAAAUUAUAUUUGUCUACAGUGUGUGCUUAGUUAGAAAUAUCUGUAAUAUUAUAUUAAAAAUAAAGAAAUUAUUGGGAUUUUUAAAAAGUUGCUCUACUCUUUGCCACUACUAUAGCUGAUUUUAUUCCCAUUACCCAAUUCGGAGUAAAUCACAUUUAAAUGAAAACAGAUCUAACUCUCUCCCGUCACUUUAUUUUAGAAAAAAUAGGACAAAAUGGUUGAAAAAAAAAUUGGAGAUUUAAGAUUAUGUGCGUAUUAUUUAUGGUAACUGUUACUCAGGAAAAAUGUUGUAAAAUUGGCAUUGUCUUAUAGAACUUGAAAGUAAUGUUUCAAUUUUUUUCCGCAGGCCAAACGGCUAAAACUUUCCGAGAUACAGCUGAACGGCAGCUGUAUCUCGGAUGAUACUCAUUUAUUUAAGCUUUUCCCAGAAUAUUCUACGAAUCCUAUUAGUCUCUGAGAUACAGGGUUAUUUGUGACAGACAUUAAUUUUAAUAUUAUAUAAUAUAUUAAUCAAAAAUAUUUAAAAAACUAUUCAUUUUAGAGCUACAUUUUACUUUUUUUUGUUGGCCGCUUCCUUUCAAACGCGUUGGCGAGUUCUAUGUUACUCCGAUUACCAGAUUUUUAAAUGGUGAUAAAAUUGUUUUAAAUUACAUUUUAAGUAUGUGCUAUUAACCAUAUUCGAGUAAUAGAUAGUUGUUUAGCAAAUUAAUUUGCCUCUCAAAAUAUUAAAUAAGAAAUCAUGUUUCACAUUCAACAAAAUUAGCAUGAUAGUGAAUACCAAUUAACGAGUUUUCUUCAUAUUCAUUCUGCACCUUGGAGGCUAAUAUGACUUUUGCAGCAUAGUAAAAAUCGUUAAUACGUAUCAAGAAUCGAAUCUUGAGUCUAAUUUAACCGACCUUGCAGCCUUUGCUAGUUGCGAAAUAGGAAUAUCGAUACCCUGUAUAUAAAAGGGCCUAAAUUUGAAAUCUGUUUUUAAUUUAACAUUUGUGUAUAAUUUGUAGUGAUAUUUAAUAGUUAAUUUAAUAAACUUAGUUUUAUAUAAAAUUAUUGCGCAAAAUUUUAAACCAACCAACAUUGCGAAAUAUCAAAUAACUUAACACUUUUUGAUGUUUCGUAGUCCCCCGGUACAUUUUAAUUCAUGUAAAUAUAGAAUUGAAAAAUUGUUUUCAUAGUCGUAUUUUUUAUUCAAUGAAUACAUAAUUUGGUAUUUUUAUUGUU